ACAAUUACCAACAGAUGGCUAUGAAAUGACACAUCUGCAUGUUCUCAUCAUUGCACGCAUUUGAAAAACAAGCAAAGUCAUCCUAAAAGUUCAUCCUGCACAAGUGUAUGAGGAAAAAAAACAGCUUAGGAAAGCCUCUGGCUCACUGAGUGACGUCGUCAGAGGAGCCUUCUCAAAUUUCAGCCCUGAAAAGGACUUGAAAACCUGACGGCAUUCUUUUUUCAUAGCAGGGCAGUGGGGGUGUGAACCGCUGUAAAUACUCUCUUCACUCCAAUUGUUUUCUCACUCAGCCAUCCCAGUGGGAAGAUGUUGUGCCAGGAGAAGUUAGCACAGGGCUACAGCUGGUUUUUGAUUUUUUUCGGGAUGGGAUAUAUGGUCCGGCAGAGAUCUGCACGGACUCCUUAUGGGCGCUAUGCUGUGCCCUCAAAGGACACCCGGAAAGUUCCUGCUAAAGUAGCCUGGUUCCUCCAAGAGCUGCCAUCAUUCCUGGUUCCUCUUCUUCUGUACUAUGCAGCACAUGGGCUAUGCACAACAGCCAGGAACCUUCUCCUCUUGAUGUUCUGUGGGCACUACUUUCAGAGGACUUUCAUCUACGCUUUGCUCAACAAAGGUCAACCCUUCCCACUCCGCAUCAUGAUAUCAGCAGCGAUAUUCUGCACUGUGAAUGGCUUCUUCCAGGGCCACUACAUGCUGUACUGUGCACAGUAUGAUGAUGCCUGGCUCACUGACAUCAGACUUAUCCUUGGUUUAAUUUUGUUUGGCCUGGGCAUGGCUAUAAAUAUUCACAGUGACCAUAUUCUGCGCAAUUUGAGGAAACCGGGAGAAGACCAUUAUAAGAUUCCAAGAGGUGGCUUGUUUGAGUAUGUCUCAGGCGCCAACUUCUUUGGUGAGAUUUUAGAGUGGUUUGGCUAUGCCGUAGCGACCUGGUCUCUGCCAGCCUUUUCUUUUGCCUUCUUCACCACCUGCUCCAUUGGGCCCCGUGCCUACCACCACCACAGGUUCUACUUACAGAAAUUCAGAGAUUAUCCAAAGACAAGGAAAGCUCUGAUACCCUUUAUUUUCUAAGAAGUUAGAUGCUCCUCUGGUCAUUUGCAAAGAAGGAGAGUUCCAAGACGAAGCUUCACUGGCAGAUGAAGAAGAUAUGGACACAAAGUUGAACACAAUCUGUCUAAACAGUUUGUGUUCUGAGAAUAACGAAGACAUGAGACGGAUCAAUAUGUUCUGUUACUGUAAAGAAUCUUCAUGUUUCCCGUUUUCAUAAGGAAGGUAAACAGGAGGUUCCUGAGGCUUAUAUAUACAGUGCCUUGCGAAAGUAUUCGGCCCCCUUGAACUUUUCAACCUUUUGCCACAUUUCAGGCUUC